CCUGCUGGGGCAGGCUGUGAAAGGGGGUCCUUGGGGAGCGAUGGGACGGUUCCACCGGAAAGGGCCAGAAGCUGCUCGCCCGCCCUUCUUUCGUAGGACCCGAGGAAACAACUCGGAAUCUGGAACCUCUCGAACACGUGCAGUAAUGUCACUUCAAAGGAAAGUUCAGAACUCUCAGGCACAAAAGAGGACUUCACAAGGUAGUAAUAGCUAUCAGACUAGACUCUCGGCCUGGAAAGUAAAAGAGGACCUAAGUGACUCAAAGAGCAUCUCGAAACAUGGACAAAACAAUCCAGUGGAAGAUUAUGAACAUGCUGAUGAUCAAGCAGAAGGCGCUCUGCAAAUAGCACUGACAUACUUUGAGAAAGGUCCCAUUAAAACUUCACAGAGUAAAGGUAAAACCUUGGAGAAACACUUGAAAGCUGUGGAAAAUGUGGCAUGGAAGAAUGGGUUAGCUCCAGAAGGAAUCGACAUUCUAUUAAAUGUGACACUGAGUGGCAAAUUUGGGAGUGCUGUAAACACUCGGAUAUUCAAGUGUAUGAUUCCAGCAACUCUAAUAUCAGAAGAUUCUGUGGUUAAGGCGGUCUCUUGGCUUUGUGUUGGCAAGUGUUCUGGUAGCACCAAGGUACUUUUUUAUCGUUGGCUGGUUGCAAUGUUUGACUUCAUUGAUCACAAGGAGCAAAUUAACUUGCUCUAUGGCUUCUUUUUUGCUUCAUUGCAAGAUGAUGUACUGUGCCCUUAUGUCUGCCAUUUGUUGUAUUUACUUACCAAAAAAGAGAAUGUCAAACCAUUUCGUGUGAGAAAACUGCUUGAUCUUCAGGCCAAAAUGGGAAUGCAGCCUCAUCUCCAGGCUUUGUUGUCACUAUAUAAAUUCUUUGUUCCUACUUUGAUUUCUGUAUCUUUGCCUAUGAGGAAGAAGAUCUAUUUUAAGAAUUCAGAGAAUCUGUGGAAGACAGCUCUACUUGCUGUGAGGCAAAGGAAUCAGGGACUUCCUCCAGAACCUCUAAUAUUGAUGUUAGCUAAUGUCCAUCCUGUAAAAAGAAAAUGGAAUUCUCACUCGGUUAUACCAGUGCUAAAUUCCCGUAACUACAGUAGAGAAAGUGGGGAAAAGGGGAUGAAUCUUUCUGAUUAUUUCAGUAGCAAUGGAUCAUUUCCACUGGAACAGCUUAAAAGCUUCCCUCAACUCUUACAGAACAUCCAUUGCUUAGAGCUGCCUUCUCAGAUGGGUGCAGUGCUGAACAACUCUCUGCUACUACACUAUAUUAACUGUGUCAGAGAUGAGUCAGUCUUACUGAGGCUCUAUCACUGGUUGAGUCAAACAUUACAAGAAGAAUGUAUUUGGUACAAGGUGAAUAAUUAUGAACAUGGAAAAGAAUUUACCAACUUCCUGGACACUAUCCUCAAGGCAGAAUGCUUCUUACAAGAGGGGUUUUAUUCCUGUGAAGCAUUCCUGUAUAAGAGCCUUCCUCUCUGGGAUGGCCUCUGUUGUCGAUCACAGUUCCUUCAACUUGUGAGCUGGAUUCCUUUUAGUAGCUUCUCUGAGGUGAAACCACUUCUUUUUGACCAUCUAUCACGGCUCUUCUUUACAUCAACUAUUUAUUUCAAGUGUAGUGUUCUUCAGUGUCUGAAAGAGCUACUGCAGAAUUGGCUGUUGUGGCUUUCUGUGGACAUCCACAUGAAAUCUUUGAUGAACAGUCCUCUAGAGACAACUUUAGGUGGAUCCAUGAACUCUGUGUCUAAACUGAUUCACUAUGUAGGGUGGCUGUCCACUACUGCAGUGCGCUUGGAAAACAACAGUACUUUCUUGCUGCACUUUAUUUUGGAUUUCUAUGAGAAGGUGUGUGACAUAUAUAUAAAUUAUAACCUUCCAUUGGUGGUGUUGUUUCCUCCUGGGGUCUUCUAUCCCGCACUCCUCAGCCUGGAUUCCAGUAUCCUGAACCAGCUCUGUUACAUUAUGGACAGGUAUCGUAAAAAUUUGACUGCUGCAAAGAAGAAUGAGUUGGUACAAAAGACAAAAUCAGAGUUCAGCUUCAGCAGCAAGACCUAUCAAGAAUUUAAUCACUAUUUGACAGCCAUGGUUGGUUGCCUGUGGACAUCCAAACCCUUCCAGAAAGGAUUAUGUAUUGAACCCGAAGUCUUAGAUAAAGCUUCAGUAGCAGAGUACAAAAACAGUUUAAAUUUAGUCCAUCAUCCUGCUCUUUUGAGUUAUGCUGUUUUCUUUCUGCUACAGGAAGGGCCAAAAGAAAGGAAAGUAAACCUGAGCUCUAUUCGGGGGAAGAAAUGGAACUGGUAUUUGGACUAUUUAUUUUCAGAGGGGUUACAAGGCUUGAAACUUUUCAUAAGAAGCAGUAUUCGUCGUUCUUCUGUCCCCUGAGCAGAGAGCAUAAACCACCUGAUCAACAUUAAAUGAAUGUUGACAGAAACAAACUGAGCAUAUGGGACUAAAUUCCUUCCUUGUUGCUGGAGAGGUCAAGUGGCUCAACUUGAGUUUCCAUACUCAUUUCACCAACAGACUGCCAUCCUCAGGGAGUGCUUAGACUGGCCUUCUAUCCAUGGCUCAGGAGAUCCUCAAUGUGGCUAAUUUUAUUUUUCAGGAUCUAGAUUCUUUAGCUCAUUAGUGAUAAAUGACUUCAUCAUCAGCCUCUGCCUUCCACCAAAUUAUACGUAAAGAGACACAUCUGUUAUGUGGUGGGAUUUUUCACAUUCUUGUGGACUGUGAGCUGCAUUUCUGAUGGAAGAGAGCAGGUAAAUAAUAUAUGGUGGCAGUUAAGCUACAGACAUAUUCAUGCAAAAUACUCAGCUGCCUCUGUAAAACCUCUGUGGAUAUUGCCAUUUUUCUUAUUGUGAACAACCACACCAACACCAAGUUAAGAGGAUACAUUUCUAGCUCUAAAAGGUGGGUCUAAGUAGUUGGUAGAUUUCUGGGCCUUCACUGGUAGCAGUUUGAUGAGAGAAGGAAGGGAAGAGGAUUGUGGGAUAAUCUACAUUUUUAUUUAUACCAGUUUGAUUUCACAAAACUGCUCUAUUUUGUGUGUGUGCACAUGUAUGUGUAUGUAUAUAUCCCAUUUUUGAGUGUUUAGGUCCAAAUAAACUAACUGUAACUAUUUUCAGGAAUAAUUCUGAAGCUUUUAAACAAUUGUAUAAUAGAGUAUCUUGUUGAAAAUUGACUACAAAAUUUUGCUUCAGUGCUACUGAAUAACUCUCCCUCUUUUAAUAAAAUUCGUAUGAUUUGAAAG